UACCCAUCGAGGAGCAGCUGCUCACUGUAAAGCCAAUACAAGAAACACAUUAAGCUAUUUCGCUGCUAUUGAGGCGUUGUUUGAGUGUUUGUGUGCUGAUCUAUUGAAAAUAGUCACACCCCGUCAGAGGCGGACAUGCUGAAUUCAUCGCAGAAGUUUUUUAUUUUCUGAGAAGAUGUUUGCGAAACCGUUUCGUGUCAAGUCCAACACCGCAAUCAAAGGAUCAGACAGGAGGAAGCUCAAAGCUGACAUAUCUGCUGCCUUUCCUUCACUGUCUGCUGAGGAGCUGUCUGAGCUGGUCCCCAACAAAGAGGAGUUAAAUGUAGUGAAGAUUUAUGCACAUAAGGGAGAUGCCGUGACACUUUAUGUUCUUCAUAAAAAUCCAUUGUUCUUUGAACUGGAAAAACGACUUUAUCCUACAGUCUAUGUGCUUUGGCGCUACCCUGCUCUUCUGCCAGCAUUCAGAACAUGGCCUCCUGUGCUUCAAAAGUUAAUUGGAGGAGCAGAUCUAAUGCUACCAGGUGUGGUGGUGCCUCCCAGCGGUCUCCCAGAUGUGAAACAGGGCGACUGCUGUGCUGUUACGUUAGUGAGUAACAGAGCUCCUGUUGCAGUCGGCACUGCUGCAGGAUCCACAGGAGAGAUGCUCAGCUCGGGUAUGAAAGGGAGAGGAGUGUGUGUUCUCCACACGUACAUGGAUAAUCUCUGGGCUUUUGGAGACAAGUCAGGUCCUCCAUCUUUACCAGAUGCAGGGAAUGAAGGGCAAGAGGUGACUGGAGAGGAAUAUGAGGUGGAUAAGAUAGAAGAAGAGAAGGAGGAGGUUGUGGCUGAGAACUGUGCGGAGGUGGAGCAGAAUCCCGCCGGUGACACGGCCACGGACGAAGCCUGCUUUGUUAUUGAGAAGCUGAGUCUGACUGAGCCGGAGGAGGAGAAGGGUGAAAAGAGCAAUGAGGAAGAGGAGGGGAGCCAGGAUGACCAGAAAAUGCCCCAAGAGAUAAUGGAUGCCCUGCUGCUGCAGUGUUUUCUCCAUGCUCUCAAGAGCAAGGUGAAGAAGUCGGAGCUCCCCCUGCUGACCAGCACUUUCCUCCGCAACCACAUGUUCUCCUGCUGCCCAAGUGGAAAACAACUUGAUAUCAAGAAAUCCAGCUAUAAAAAGCUGUCAAAGUUCCUACAGGCAAUGCAGAAGCAGCAUAACCUCGUGCGAGUGAAAGAACUGACCAAGGGUGUGGAGAGCAUUGUGGAGGUGGACUGGAAAAAUCAAGAACUGCGCUCCUUCAAAGUUCCUGAGGAGACUGAUGUUGAAGUGGUUAAAGUGCAGGAUGGAGGGGAAGGAGAACCUCCGUACCAUCCUCCAGAGAUCACAACUCUGUACUCUGUGUCGGCUCGACUGGAGCCUCUCUUUCUGGAUGCAAAAAAGAGGAAAGGAACAAUACUGCAGCCUGCUGAAGUGAGACAUAUUGUCACAGAGUAUGUGAAGACGAAUGAACUGGUGGAUGAAAACAAUAAGAACUAUGUGACCAUAAACCCGACUCUGUGUGACUGCUUGCUGGAAAAAUCAGAGUACCAGGAGGUCCAGUUUCUCAAGUGGGAUGACCUCUUUAGCAGGACGUUGGGAAGAAUGCAGGAGUGCUAUCAAGUUGUGUUCCCUGGACAAGCACCCAUAACAAAAAAGGGCCACAUUGAGCCCAUAGACAUCUCCGUGGCUUCUCGAGGCUCCAAUAAAAAGGUCACUCUAAUAAAGAAUCUGGAAGUGUAUGGUUUGGAUCCUGCAGCAGUGGCCUCUGCUUUGCAGCACAGAGUCCAGGCCAGCUCUGUCUUACAGCCCGUCCCUGGAUCUAAGGAUAAAGUCCUGGUCCAGAUCCAAGGCAACCAGAUUUUUCAAGUCGGCAAUUUGCUGCUAGAUCAUUAUCAAAUUCCGCGCAAGUACAUCCAAGGACUAGACAAAGCUCCAAAAGGUGGCAAGAAGAAGUAACAUUUCAACCUACUUUACCAUUCACUGUGUUUAAAGCUGCUUUAUUAUAUGUCAACACAACAACCAACCAUUGACAAUUUGUGAAAUAAAAGUGGUUCACUGUCAUCUUCUAGAGGUUGAUGAAUGAA